GAUGCCAUGGCCCCGCGGGGCUCCGCGCUGCCCGCCCGCCUGCUGGGGCUGCUGCUGCUCUGCUGCGGAGAUUUCGGUCACUCCUCUGAGCUGGCGUUCGUUGUGGAGCCCAGCGAUGACAUAGCGGUGCAGGAGCAGCCCCUGAUCCUCUACUGCCAGGUGGAAGGCAUCCAGCCCAUCACCAUCACGUGGCGCAAGAACGGCGCCCUGAUCGUGGACAGCGAGAACGCCUUCAUGUUGGCCAACGGCUCGCUGUACGUCUCCCGCUUCCAGAGGGUGAGGGGAGACGGCUCCUCCGACGAGGGCGAGUACGACUGCAUGGCACAGAACCAUUAUGGGCUGGUGGUGAGCCGGAAGGCGAAGAUCCAGGCAGCGACCAUGUCUGACUUCCACAUCCACCCUCAGAAUGCAGUGGUGGAAGAAGGGGGCGUUGCAAGAUUCCAGUGCCAGAUUCAUGGUCUCCCUGAGCCCGUCAUCCUCUGGCAGAAGAACCGCAUGCCGGUCAACACGGACAAUGAAAGGUACACGCUGCUUCCCAAGGGGGUCCUUCAGAUUACAGGACUAAGAGCAGAAGACAGUGGGAUUUUUCACUGUGUUGCCACCAAUAUUGCUAAUGUGAAGUUCAGCCGGGAGGCCAGGCUCACUGUGUCAGGCUCCCACUCCACCGUUUACAAGGACCCCAUGAUUCUUGUUGGACCGGAGAACCUCACACUGACAGUGCAUCAGACUGCAGUGCUGGAGUGCAUCGCCACAGGCAACCCCCGGCCCAUCGUCUCCUGGAGCCGCCUAGACGGCCGCCCAAUUGGUGUGGAGGGAAUCCAGGUGCUGGGGACAGGAAAUCUGAUGAUCUCAGACCUCAGCGUGCAGCAUUCUGGCAUCUACGUGUGUGCUGCAAACAAACCUGGCACUCGGGUGCGAAGGACUGCUCAGGGCAGGCUCGUUGUACAAGCCCCUGCAGAGUUCGUGCAGCAUCCCCAGUCCAUCUCCAGGCCCGUGGGGACCACAGCCAUCUUCACGUGUGUGGCCCAAGGGGAGCCCCCCCCGCAGAUCACUUGGCUGAGGAAUGGGCAGAUCCUGGAGACGAGUGACCACAUCAAGCUGAAGAAUAACAACAGCACUCUGUCCAUCUAUGGGAUCAACCAGGCGGAUGAAGCCAUCUACCAAUGCAUCGCCGAGAACAGCGCCGGCUCCACGCAGGCCAGCGCCCGCCUGACGGUCCUGUGGGCAGAAGGGCUGCCUGGACCCCCGCAGAGCGUGAGGGCCGAGACGGUGUCUGCCACCACCAUCCAGGUGUCCUGGGAGGAGCCCCUGCAGAACACCAAGGAGAUCAUAGGCUACGUGCUGCACAUCCGGAAAGCUGCAGAUCCCGUGGAGAUGGAGUAUCAGGAGGCUGUUAGCAAGAGCACCUUCCAGCAGCUAGUGACUGAUUUAGAACCCUCGACCAGCUAUAGCUUCUAUAUAAAGGCUUACACCUCCCGGGGUGCCAGCAAAGCCUCAGAAGUCACAGUGGUGAGCACACUGGGAGAAGUCCCAGCCAUGCCAUCCCUCUUUAUUAAAGUCAUUAACAGCACGGCCGUGCAGGCGACGUGGGAGCCCUCCAUCAAACUGGGCCAGCACGAAGGCUUCAAGCUCUACUACCGCAAAGUCCACCUCUCCCAGUACACAGGCCCGGUGCUGCUGGCCAGCAACGUCACGGCGUACAACAUCACCCACCUGGAUGCAUCAAUGGUGUAUGAGGUCAAACUCCUUGCCUAUAACCAGCAUGGGGAUGGAAACUCGACCGUCCGCUUUGUGUCCUUGAGGGAAACUGCGGAGAGGACAGUGCUGAACCCCCCGUGUGACUGCAUGAAGGAUGAGCAGAACAACAAAACCUCUGCGACUGGUAUCAUCAUUGGGAUCCACAUCGGCGUCACGUGCAUCAUAUUCUGCGUCCUUUUCCUCAUGUUUGGGUACAGAGGAAGGCUGCUGAUGUGUAAAAACGUGCAGGAGCAGCUGUCGACUCCGCAGAUCCCAAGGAGCCAGAGGAGCGCUGCAGGGAUCAUCCUGAACGGAGCCGCCCGCAGGGACAGGGAUGAGCGGGACCUGAACGGAAAGCAGCUGGACAUGAACGAGCUGGAGAGGUUGUUCCCAGCAUCACCAUGUCCAGAGCAGCAGGACAAGGGGAUAACGCCUGCUCACAGCCCUCCUGCCGCCCACGACGACACCCAGAUAUCCACGUUGCCAAUGGACGAGUUCAGCAUUGUUGAGGAGCAGCCAGACUCUCCCCCCAAAAGCCCUCACAAUGGCAGCCCCGCUGCUUCGGCUCCCCGCCACGGCCCUGCCAAUGAAGGAUAAACUGCCAAGACUCAAACCCUCUUGCAGGAGUUACCAGAAACCAAAACUGCAGCUGGUGAUGUCUUUACAAUGAUUCAUCAAU